UACCACUUCUAUCGUUCCAAAUGGCUAGAUUUGCAUGCAGAAAGGGAUACUUUCCCUUACAUAAAGGGAACAAAAAAAAUAAGAAUGAGACAGAUAAAGAAGAAUCAGCAGAAAACGAUGAUGCAAUCUCUAUGAACUCAGAAUCGCUAGAUGAAGAAAUGAGUGACAGCGAAGAAGAGGAGGAAGAAAAGCAGCAAGUAGUCAGAUUGAGAGACCUUAAAGACUGCAAAAUGGAAGCAUCCACAGGAAUGAACUGCCCCACAAAGGCCCUCAGGAAGAAGAAGUAUAGUAGAGCUGUCAAGAACAAUCGUAAAUUUCGUGAAGAAAUUAACACGAACAUCGUAUCCGAAAGUUUCGAUGUCAUCCUCGAAGAAGCACAGUUAGCAGCAGGGGAACCAGUUUUCUGUCAGAAUUGCAAAAGCGUUUUCAACAAGUACUCGAAAUUGGAGGAUAAAUGUGACAACGAAGAAGAGAAGGAAGUUCCGGUUGAAGAAAGUCUCCAGAGAAAACCUCCUUCUCAAGAGGAACAAGAGAUAGACCAAAAUCAAGACCCCUUAGAUGAGCAAACUUGGAUAUGCGAAUUCUGUUACCAAAAGAACAAAGUUAUGAUUGAAAAAGAAGAGAUUCCAACUAAUGAAUAUGUUCAUUAUGUCCUUGGUAUGGAUGAGGAUAAGAUGAGGAAGGACAAUGAUACUAAUUCAGUCAUCUUCUGUCUGGAUGUAUCUGGCUCUAUGUGCGUCACCACUCCUGUCGAAGGAAAACUCAAAAUAAAAGGGGAUAAACUCAAAGAACUUCAAGAGUUAAUGAAAUUCUCUGAUGGCUCAGAUCAGUUUUAUCACGGUAAAAGAAAUCAUACGUAUAUUUCAAGACUUCAAUGAGUUCAAGCUGCUAUCGAAGCUCAAAUUAUCGAAAUGGCUGAGAAAUCUCCAGAUAUCAAAGUUGGUCUUGUCUCAUUCUCAAAUGAUGUGAACAUCCAUGGAGACUGCAGUGAUGCUCCGCUCACUAUUUCUGGAGACAAACUUCAAAAUUAUGAUUUACUGCUACAGAAUGGGAUAGAAUCAACAGAGACUCAUUUACAGAAACCCAUUAGAGAAGUUAGCGAUAAGAUAAAUGGCAAACUAUAUGAACUUGAAGAGUCAGGACCAACAGCUCUUGGCCCUGCUUUGCUGACCUCAGUAGCUAUGGCAUCUCAAGGAUCAGCAGGAAGCAGCGUAGUGCUUUGCACUGAUGGCCUUUCCAACGUUGGUCUUGGUUCAAUCGAAGGUAAAGCUCAAGAAGAUGCACUAGAGUUUUAUACAAAAGUUGCAGACUAUGCUCACUCCAAAGGAGUCACAGUUAACAUCAUCAGCAUCGCUGGUGAAGAAUGAGACCUUGAAACUCUCAGAUGCAUCUCUGAGAAGACUGGGGGAGACAUUCAAAGGGUUGAGGCUGAUAAAUUAACUGAAAAUUUUGCAAAUAUUCUCUCAUCUCCCAUAAUAGCAACAGACGUCAAGAUGAAGGUAAUCUUGAACAAAGGACUCGAGUUCAGAAAUGAAGAUGAGAGUCAACUGAACCAAAUGAAGAACAUCUUCACAAAGUCUUACGGAAAUGUGACUGCUGAGUCUGAGAUUACCUUUGAAUAUAAGAUAAAGAGCAAACAGGAACUGGAAAGCAAUGUAGAUUUUGACUUCGAAAAAUUGACCCAUCUGCCUUUCCAGACCCAAAUAUUUUACACAAAACUAGAUGGAAUGAAAUGUAUUAGAGUCAAUUCGCAUCAGCAAGAGAUAAGUACCGAUAAGAAAGAGGUUGAAGCAGAGGCAGAUUCUGAACUCCUUGGGAUUAACUGUGUCCAACAGGCUGCUAAAAUAGCCAAUAGAGGCGAUUUUAGGCACGCGCAAGCUUACAUGAAGUGUACCAGAAAGUAUUGGGGUAACAACACUAACAAUCUUUCUGCUGCAAAAGAAGUUAAAGACAACCUCAGGAAAAUAAAAGGUGUCUAUGGUAUGCUACAGGUUCAAAAUGAUAAGGAAGAAUUGCAAAAGCUUGGAGAAAUGGACAAAGAGAAAGAGCCUGAAAUGCAAAGUAUGGUAGGAACUUCUCCUCCUUUUAUGGAGAAAAUUAUGAGGGAAGAUGGCACUCUGAACAAAGAAGACUCUGCAUCUAUGACAAAGAAUAAUAAAAUAAGCUAUAAGAAACCCAAUGUUGGAGGCAAAAGAUACAGAUCUAAAUUAGAUGACGAAGCUACAUCAAAACUCCACAAUAUGAACAAGUUCUCAUCAAAGAGAAAGAAACUCUAAAUUUCUCCUCUCUAAAAACAUUCAACUAAUAGCCCAAAAAAUG